GCUUCUUCUUUCUCAGUUCUCCUCAUGAACACGAAACUGCGAACUGUAAGCCACAAAACCAAAUGCAAAUCUGUUUCAAAUUGACGAUUCGUUCACAAUAUCGACUCGAAUAAAAAAUAAAAAGUAUUACUAUUUAUUAGUGAAAAUCGAUUCGAAUAAACUAAAUUAGCGAGCACUGGUCCUUCCAAUUCACUAUUUUUCAAGCUCUGAAAUUUUAUCGGAGAAAAUGCAUGGACGGCCUCGCAAAUCUCCGAAACCAGAAGAUGAAGCGGCUUCAGCAGCUAAAGCUCAAAAGCUUCGCGCCCUUCAAACGCAGUUCCUCUCUAAUCACCAUGAAAAGAAUUAUACUAAGGAAGCUCUUGAGAUAAGCGCCAAGCUCCUCGAGAUCAAUCCGGAGUCUUACACGGCUUGGAAUUACAGAAAAUUCGCUGUAGAAUACAAUCUUGCUCAUUCCAACUCGGAUACUGACUCAAUCAAAUCCAUUCUUGACGAUGAACUUAGAGUGGUAGAGAGUGCGUUGAGACAGAAUUUUAAGUCUUAUGGAGCUUGGCAUCAUCGAAAAUGGGUGUUAAACAAGGGGCAUUCAUCAAUUGAUCGUGAACUGCGGCUUGUGAACCGGUUUCAGAAAGCCGAUUCCCGGAACUUUCAUGCCUGGAAUUACAGAAGAUUCGUGGCAGCUUUGAUGAGCAGACCAGAAGAGGAAGAAUUGAAUUAUACCACUGAUAUGAUAAAUACUAAUUUCAGUAACUAUUCUGCAUGGCACAACCGUAGUGUGCUUCUGUCUCAUUUGCUAAAACAAAAGGUUGAAGGGUUUUUCCCAAAAGAGAAGGUUUUGAGCGAAGAGUAUGAACUUGUUCACCAAGCUAUUUUUACCGAUCCAGAUGAUCAGAGUGGUUGGUUUUAUUAUCUUUGGCUUCUUGAUCAGACAGUUAAAGGCGAUGCUCCUCUACUGGUUUCUUCUUGGCCUCUUCAUGGUUCCAGUAUCACUCUGUCAGGAGAUAAGUGUUUGGAGGACUCGACUUUAUCUUCAUCAUGUUGUUACCAUUAUGAUUCAGGAACAUUUCCGCUUAUUCUCUAUUUUAGUCAAGCCGUUGAAGGUGUAAAUUCAUCUACAGUUACUGUCAAAUCUUCAUUUUGCACAGACAAUGAUCUUACUUGGAAACCACUUUCCACAAAUAACUCUAAAAUGGCUCAAGUUUGGGUUACACAUAUAAAGUUUCCUGACAAGGACCUCCACUGUUCUGAAGUAUAUCAUCUGGAGGUUAGCCUUGGACAUCCUCAGGGUAUUAUUUCUAUAAGUGGCUUCAACUAUAGCCAUCCUACCCAGAUUACGUUUGAAGUGCGUUUACAGUCUGUUCAAACAGAACCACUCGAAGAACAGAAUGGGAAGAUGAUUUCAUGGGAAGAAGCAAAUUUUCAGAAACAUGAGAUACAAUCUCAAGAGCCAAAUCCAGUUGAGUCUUUGAAUAAAUUAAUUAUAAAUGAUUACCGAGAACCAACAACUUCCAAUUGGCGUGCAGAGACUUUAGCUAAUGAAAUAGCUCUCUUCCGGGAAUUGUUAUCAGAGAUAAGCUGUAAAAUUGGAAAGCUUACACUAGCAAGACUGUUGAAGGCUCAUGAUGCCAUUUUGUCUCAGUCUCCCCAAAAAAUGGUGCAUUCUGAAGAAAUUCUUAGACUUUAUGGUGAUUUAAUAGAGUUGGACCCAGGGCAUUCUUGGUACUACAAGGAUGAAUGGAGCUUAGUGUGUUUACAGCAGGUCAUUUCGGAUGGAGAGUCACUUAUGACACAUUGCUAUCACUACAAAGACUUGAAGGGGUCAAGUUUUAGUAAUUUUAUCUGUCUUCGACUAAAUAAUUUAUCAUUAUCGCGGAUAGGGUCUGUUGAGAAAUUAUUAUGGGUCCAAAUGCUUGAUCUCAGCCACAAUGAACUUCGAUCAAUUGAAGGAUUGGAAGCUAUGCAGCUUCUCUCUUGCUUAAAUUUGAGUUACAACAAACUUAGUAGUUUUAGUGCCCUGGGGCCUUUGAGACUGCUGAAGUCACUAAAAGUUUUGGAUAUCUCAUACAACGAGAUAGGUUUACACUCAACUGACACAACAAGGUACCUAUUCUCUUCUCCUCUGUCUCAUACAGAAGACAUUGAUUGGACAACUGAUGAGAUUGUAAGUGGGGGCAUCAAUCAGACCUAUCAUUGGGAGGCCUUUUUAAUAUUUAAAGGCUUGAACAUAACACAAAUAGAUGUUUCAGGGAAUGCUAUUGAGAAUGAAAAUUUCAAGGCAUUUGUUAUUAGGUUCCUGCCUAUAGUUAAGUGGCUAAAUGGUGAAUUGUUGCAUUAAUUUUCAAAUCUUUGUUGGUUUUCUCAUUUUUUUUUUUCCUUCCUUUUUGUUCUCCAUACGGUUUGUUGUACCAACUAACAUUAUAUUAGAAAACAAUUACACCUUUGAACUACCCAAGUCCUGUCUUUUAGGGCUGUUUCUAGGGUAAGGCUACCAA